AUGGACGAGACACGAGUCGCCUCGUUGGAAGGGACCACGACCAUUACCACCACAACCACUGCAUUAGAACGACCAGCACAACAACAAUUAGAAGUCAUGGCCGAUUCGACCAAUUGUGUCCGCCAAAAUGGUUCCACAACAACUACUACAACAACAACAACGCCUCUGGCACCUCCUGUUUCGAUUGACAUGCACAAGAGUGACAGCAGCAUCGGUGCCAGCACCACGAGCAGCAGUCAUGUGGGUAGUAUCAAGAACUCUGCUGCAAAUGCCAAAGGUGUCAAUCAUCACGCGCUCUCGGAACUUCAAUUACGACAAGCACUCCAAUCGGCCUCGGACGAAUCGGACAAUCAAAAAGGACUCUUGGCGUCGGGACUCGGUUGGUUGCAACGCAAACGCGAAGAACGUCGUCGACAACACCUUCAACAACAAGCGGAUUUGCAGCUCAAAAAGAUAUUAGAUGCCCAACAGAAUUUACAGGGCUUGCAACCCAAAGAAUCAUCUUUAGAGGAAGGAUGCAGCAGCAGUGCGGUUGUGGAAACCAGUGAACGAUCGACCAACAAUAGCACUCAAAAGAGUCAAUCCGGAGAAGGUGCUUCGGGACAAAUUCCCUUUGAAGAAGCAGAUUACGACGACGACUUUGACGUCCCAGAAGUCCGCGUCAAGCCAGAAGAGGGAACCCCACGGCCACAUAUACUCACACAGGAACAAAUGAAUCAAAUUGCUUCAGUCGUGCUACCGCAAACCAUUUCUUUUUGUCGGUGGAAUCGAUUGUACGAUUUGGGACGGGAUGGUGAUUCCUUUGAAGCAUGUCUGCGGAUUGUGUCUUCCACCCAACGAACGUUAAUGGUCAUUCGAACAACAAAGGGCGAUGUCUUUGGUGGCUUUGCGGAUGCCGCGUGGGCGACCCAACACUUUGCAUCGGCCACCUUUUAUGGUGGUGCCUCGGCGUGUUUGUUCAAGGUGGUCCAUGACGAUAAAGACUCUCAAAUCAAAUCCUUCAAAUGGUCGGGCAAGAAUCGGUAUAUUCAAUUGUGCGAUACCUCGAGAAAAAUGUUGGCCUUUGGUGGAGGUGGUGAGAAUGGUGCCUUUGGUUUGGCAGUACAGGAAGACUUCCAACGAGGAAGCACGGGACAUUGUGAUACCUUUGACAAUGAACCCCUGUGUGAGGAUGGUUCCUUUGAGAUUGUGGACUUGGAAAUUUGGGAGUUUCUGACGGCCAUGUUUUAA